AUGUGGACACUUAUACUCGUCUUGUCCAGUCUAUUCCCAGCUGUAACUGCUGCUGUAACUACAGUAACUGGAUACAAGGGCCGUUCAGUUCAGAUCAGAUGCCCCUAUAAGUCUGGAUAUGAAACCCACAUGAAGUACCUCUGCAGAGGAGAAUGUUAUACUUUCCAGACUAAAGACAUCCCUGUUGAUUCUAAAACUGCUAAAGACGAGAGAUUCUCUCUGAAUGAUGACACAGCAGCCAGAGUCUUCACUGUCACCAUCACUGAUCUGAGAUCAGAGGAUGGAGGAAAAUACUGGUGUGCAACACAGCAGAAAGUGCGUGAUCACUACACAGAGAUUCUGUUAGUGGUUAAAGUGGACACAUCUAUGAAUGUUACUGUCUCACACUCCACCCACACCCCUCCAACACCUGAUCUCAGCACAUCAGUAAAUACUGACUCCACAUGGUCAACUGGAGCUCACACAGUAAAUGAUGUAAACCUCCAAAGCAACAGUCCCUCACUCCAUGGAUCCUUCAUUCCCUUAUUUGUGGUUUUGGUCAUAAUAACAAUCAUUCUUCUGGUGUGUGUAAUAAUGCUGGGAAAGAUAAAGAAAAAGAAGAAGACAUCAAAAGCCUCACCCCAAACCCAGUGUCUGCAUGACUCCUCUCACAGCCAUGGGGUUCCACUUUCUGUCUGUGACAGUGAGGAGAUUAAAGACACCAGAAGUCAUUCUGUCUCAGACGCUGGAGCUCCUACAGCCUACUCUACUGUCAAUCUACCCACAAACCCCUGUGAUUCCUCCCAAACUGUUUAUGCCAACACCCAUUUAUCCACAAACCCCUGUAAUUUUUCAUAUGUUGUUUCUGCUACUGCUCCACUAUCAUCAAACUCUCCUGAUCAGAACACUUACGGUAUGGCUCUUUUACCCAAAAUAUACUCUGAUUCCUCAGUGUGUGAUACAAAUCAGUCUGAAGGGUUGUUUGCUGAAGCUCAAACUUAUGCAUCAGUGAAGUUUUAUAAGAAUGCACACAAUUUUAAUGAUGCUGUGACCAGGGAGACCUUCAAGGAGGACUCGUGUGAAUAUUCCACUGUUAAUCAUGUCACAGGAUGGGUCUAGGCUUGCAUUUUUAAUUGGUUACCCUUGUAUUCUUUCAUGUUUUUAUGAAG